AUGACGGAUUUGAAAGCGGUCGUCCCAUCUGCUAUUCCUCGAACUGCUUUGAGUGGCAGUCGUCCAAACACGUUCGCCUAUGAUACUUUGAAGGACAGAAUGCCUGUCACUUUGACUCAGGCAAUCGACGAAUUGUCACGUUCAUUCCAUGAAGGCCAACCUGAUGACGACAAGACUGCAAAAGUCAAGGCCAUCAUCGCUUCUCUCGGUGCUAUAAAGUACGAUCUUACCCACGACAAACCAUUGAUCCCAUUGACAGAUCAUGCUGAAGAUACUGAAGUGUGGAAUUUCGUGUUGGCGCAUGCAUGGAAGGAUGCUACUUGGUACUCGGCUAGCUGGCUUUUCGCAGAAUGCUACAUGUAUCGCAGGAUGCAAGAAGCCGUCAACCUGUCAGGACUCAAGUCGUUGGACUUGUUCGAGAGCAAGAAACGCUCUGCUUUCAAGGGCAGCAUACCAUCUGUUACAGGACUGGGAACGAUUUUGAAUGACUGGAUCAAUCCGCCACCAAAAGCUGGAUUCCAGCAUCAUCAAAAAGGGUUUACAGAUGAGGAAAUCUUGUCGGACUUGCUUCAGUAUACGCUUUGGGGCAACCAAGCUGAUUUAUCGUUACUAGUACAUGCCAAACACGAUGACAUGCACAAAACUCAGAUAUCUACCAAAACUGGCCUGGAAGACACUCGACACAACAUAAUAGUCGAUGAUCUAGAUCGUAUCGUGCAUUAUCUCACCACUCUGGAAGGAGGGGUGGUUCACUUCGUACUGGACAAUUCUGGUCUUGAAUUGUGUGCAGACUUGUGUCUAGCCCAUUGGCUGAUGCACAAGGGGAUUGCUAACAAAGUCAUCUUUCAUGUCAAAAGCUUCCCAUGGUUUGUUUCAGACACUACGAAACAAGACAUUCAUUGGACCCUCGAGCAAUGCUCCGAUCUUCCCGCACCACUACCUCAUUUAGCAACGGCCUGGAGCAACUGGUUUGCCUCUGCCCGCUGGGAAAUAAAAGCACAUCCCUUUUGGACAUCUCCAUACGCAUUCUAUGAUUUGCCGUCAGCAGCACCUCUCCUGUAUCGUGAACUCGCAGGUGCAGACUUUGUCUUCUUCAAAGGUGAUCUCAACUACCGUAAACUCACCUAUGAUUGUGUGUGGGAAACUACAAUGCCUCUGUCAAAGGCCAUUGGAAACGAUAUGAUUCACAUUAAAGGAGCAGUGCAUAGAACCUGUAAAAGUGAUGUUUGUUGUGGGUUGACGACUGCUCAGGAAGAAGAGUUGGAAAAAGAGGACAAAGAUUGGAUGGUGAAUGGGAAACGAGGUGUCAUUAGCGCCCUGUUCCAUAUCAACCUGGCAACAUAG